AUGACGUCAACCCAACAGCCUGUUCCUGAAGAUGUGGUCACUCUCGAAGAGGAAGUCGAGUUUGAAACUCGCCUCUUCGAGAAGAUCCAAGGAGAUGAUUUCAUCGUGGACUGGAAUGGCCCCGACGACAAAGGCAAUGCCCAAAAUCUUCCCAAACCGCGAAAGUGGCUCAUCACCUGGGUCCUUGCCCUGUAUGUGUUGUCGACAACCUUCUCGUCAUCUGUCUUCAGCGCUGCGUCGGCAGUGACCGCAAUGGAAUUCGAGACCACCGUUCAGACUAUGGUGUUUGGCGGCACAUCGCUGUUCAUGCUCGGGUUUGCUGUUGGUCCCAUCAUCUUUGGGCCACUAUCUGAGCGGUAUGGGCGAAAGGGUCCCCUGGUUAUUGGCUACGUCUCCUUUGCUCUACUCCAGCUCCCGGCAGCCAAUGCUCAGAGUCUCUUCGCCAUCUUCGUGUCUCGCUUUCUCCAGGGAGUCUUUGGUGCAGCACCUUCUGCGAUCUUGAGCGGCACUCUGGCCGACAUCUGGACACCAAAGCAGAGAGGUUUCGCGAUGCCGUGCACUGGAACCUUCCUCAUGAUUGGACCGGUGAUUGGACCAAUGACUGGUUCUGUCAUCGUCCAGAGCUCCUUAGGCUGGCGCUGGAUAUUCAACUUCACCGCCAUAGUUACUCUUGCCAUUGCGGCGAUCACGUAUCCCCUCUUGAGUGAGACCUAUUCGCCGGUUCUCUUGGCAAAGAGGGCAAGUCGCAUGCGUCAUAUGACACGCAACUGGGCGCUCAGGGCAAGAUCUGAGGAACAGGACCGAAACCUCAAGGAUGUUGUAGAGAGUAGUCUUUCUCGACCGGCGAAGAUGCUUGUCUUGGAGCCCAUUCUUCUUCUGAUGUCCACCUACAUCUCCGUGGUUUUUGGCCUGAUGUACAUUUUCUUCCUUGCAUACCCCAUGUCGUUCGCCAAUGAACGGCACUGGGACUCUACCUCGGCGGGCCUUCCCCUUCUUUCCAUCCUGCUUGGAACCGUCAUCGGGGGUGCUCUCAUCAUCCUCACGGUCAAUACCAACCUGUCCCCAGAUCCCAAGGCUGGCAGGCCGCAGGAGAAUAGGCUCCUCCUCAUGAUGCUUGGCUCCGUCUGCCUGCCGGUCGGAAUGUUCUGGUUCGCCGCGACAAGCUCGCCGGAGACUAGCGCAACGCAACAGAUCAUUGCAGGUGUGCCAAUUGGCAUGGGCAUCAUUCUCAUCAACAUGCAAGGAAUGAACUACAUUGUGGACUGCUACGGACCAUUCUCGAACUCUGCAAUCUCAGCCAACACUUUCAUGCGGUCGCUGUUCGCGUCCGGCUUUCCGGUCUUCGCCUCAAUCGGAGUCGCUCGCGCGACGUCAUUUUUGGGCCUCUUCGGUGUUGUUCUGGCGCCUAUUCCGUUUCUGUUCUUCAAGUAUGGGGAGGAGAUCCGUUCCAGGAGCAAGUGGGCGCCCUCUUAG